GUGUUUUUGAUAAUACAGGUGGCGCUUUGUUUAUGUAGCAACAAGAUGGCGGAACCUGAAUUUAAGAUUUGAUUGCAAAUUCAAUCAGAACAUGUACAAUAAUGCCCUAAGGAAAUAUGUUAGAAUGAUUAGAAAGAAGCUAUAAAGAUUUACCUUUAAAGUUCAGAAUAAAUUUACUUGCCAACAUGCCACCUAGAGGAAGAGGAGGUGGGGACAUUGUACUGGAUAAUGAUGUCAGCUUUCCACUUGAGCGUCUUUUUGACCACAGGAAUUUGGACCAUCUUCCUCGGGAAAAUCGUUUGGAUCAGUUUGAAAAAAGAGACUUGGCCCAUGUCAAGCAUUAUAAAGCUGCGGUUAAGAUAUUUGGGGGUCCACUUAGUAGGAAGAGAGUUAUCCAGGCUCCUCCUAUGGAAACUCCCAUGAAACACAGACUAGGAGUUUAUUUAAACAAAAAAGACCCUCCUCCAUCAAUAAAGUUAUGUUCAGAAAUGAAAUCAAAACCAUUUAUGAUAGAUGAAAAUGCUGAUGCGAUUGCAGCGGGGAAAAAGGCAGUUGCUGAAGAGGACUCGUAUAAGAAAUGGAUUGCAGAUCGUCAAAAAUUUAGACAUGAUUUAGACAAUAUGGGAUUAAAUGCAGAAUGGCUGAGAAGGAAAACAAAUAAAACUGAAUUAGAAAAACGUGUUUAUAGAAAAAUGGUAGAAGAAGCAAAACCUAAGCCAAUCAUUCCAAAACCAAUUAUUGAAAAAGAUUUAGAAGCUAUGAUCUCUAUUGUGCCCUCAGUAAAGAUUCCAUCACCGCUGGGUGUGCGAAUUCUAGAACAACAUUUACGUAAAAAUCAGAUACGUCUUAUAGACCUGUUUGUAAUGGUUGAUAGAGAUAAGAACUGGAGAAUUUCUAGAGAAGACUUUAAGCAGGCUAUAAGAGAGUCAAAAGUGACAAUGUCGGAGUCUCUCCUAGAAGAUAUGAUUCUUUCACUAGAUAGUAACUUUGACAAUUAUUUAGACUACAAGGAACUAGCAGAAGGACUGAACAUGUGGCGAAAAGAAAGAAGAGAAAAUAAAAGAAAGGCAUUAUCAAGAGAGUCUACUAACUUAUCUCAGAAAUCUGAAACAAUUUCUGCUACACCCCAGUCAUUAGAAGAACUAUAUGAUGAGCCAGAUUAUCUUGAACUUAUGAAGGAAGGGAAGAUGACAUCUGCUUUAUCAAGACAUCAAGAUACAAGUGAGGAAGACAUUUAUGGGGAUCCUGAAUUGGCAAAGAGUAAAGAAUCACCAAAAUCAUCCAAAGGCUCUCUUCGAGGAUCUGCCAAAGGGAGGAUAGAUUCAGGAAUAAGUAAGACAUCUGGCAAAUCUUCCAGGAAGUCUGUUGGUAUUGACAGAGAACCAUCAGAAGAAAAUAUAGUCAUAGGUCAAGGUGAAGGUGAUUUGAAGGACAGUGCUGAAUCAGAGGUUAAAGUUCGCAUGGGUUCUGCCAAAAGAAGUGCUAGUAGAGUAAGUGGAAGUAGCAGGGCUUCUACACCACAAUAUCUAGAGGUUCCAGAACAGGAUCUUAAACCUGAUCGGAUGAUUCUAUCUUCAGAGGAGGCUAUGGUGGACCUUAGAAAGAGGGACAGAGAGGCAUUAAAGAACUCUACCAGACAGGGUUCACCUAAAGUAAGGUUACCUGCUCCAGGUGUAAUCAAGGUUGGAGACAAAGCUAUAGAUGACCAUUCAAUGAGAUCCACAUUGAAGGGAGAAACAGCAGACAUGGUUAAUAAGUUUAGAGAGUUAAAGCUUAGAGAGUAUUGUGAUAUAACAAAGCUCUGUAAAUUAAAUGGAAUAAUUCUAAGUGAAAGACUAUUAGAAAAAGUUUUACUCUACCCACCUGAUAGACCUCAUCAUGAAAUUCAUAGAAAUGUAAAAACACCUGCUGAUCCUUUACUAUCCAGUCACUAUGCUGAACCAAAAAAGAGGCCAAGGACACCUAUAGAGGUCAAACACAAAGAUAAGGUUAAGAGGUCAAAGAGUGGUAAACUAAUGUUUGAUAGUAGACAUAGAUAUCCACAGAAAUCUAAUGUGGCUUCUUCAGGAACUAAAGAAAAUUUAUCUACAGGAAGAGCAGUUAUCAGAAGUAAAGUCGAUUGUUGGAUGACAUUUGAGGAGUAUGAAAGAUUAACAAGACAUUUAGAAACAAGAUACCAGCAACUGCAUGGUAGUAUAGACACUAAUGCUUUCUGGCCUGGUCACCUCCUGGACAAAGUACGGCUCUGUAUGCCUCCUUAUGACAAGCCACAUCCUUCAUUGAACAGCUCUAAUGCUUUGUUUAGAGAUGUUGGUACAAACAGGAGAAGCCAUGUUGUUCCUAUAAGGGAGAACUCAGCAUGGCCUAUUAAUGAAUAUGGUUUUGUUCAGAAUGGCAUAUAUGAUCCAUAUGCCAGAAAAUAUUAAUUAUGUAAACAUUUGUAAUAAAGCUGAUAAGUCUUUUUCUUUAAGGUUAAAAGUUUUAGUGUGCUGAUUUUGCUUUACACCUUCAACCAUGUUUUGUAAUGGUUGUUUUUAAAUCAAAUUGUAGUUUAUAAAUUUAUUUUAAGCCCAUUAUAAAAAAUCUGAAAGGACAAAACCUCUUGCAUAGCACUACAUGCUGUAAGGAAAACAAAUAAUGGUGUUUAAAGUGCUAAAUACUUGAAUUUUAUGUAAAGUUAUUCUUAUUCAUGCUUGUAUGGAUACUAUUUGCCUACUCUUAGAGGUAUAAUUGAAAACAUUCAUGGUAAAUAAAACAGCAUUUUUUUUAAUUUGGAGUACACAUAAGAACCAUAAGAUUUAAGUAAAAAUUUUUAAUGAAAAAAACUAUUUUUUUAUACAAAAGUAAGUGAGUCAGUGAACUUUUAUAUUCUCUAUUUUGUGGUAGUUAAAUUGCAUAUCACAUUAUGUGACCAUCAAUACAAAAUCUGUGAUACAUAUGAUUGUUUAUAUGUGUAAUUAAUUUUAAUUUUCUAAUAUCUAUACUUUAUUUCAAUCAAAAUUAUUUUGAUAGUCAUGUUAUAAAAAAAAGUCGUGUAAAUAUUUGAUAGCAGCUUUAUCAUUAUCUAAUGAUUUAUUUAUUCAUAUAUUUGACAAAUGUUUAUUCUUUUGAAGUCAAUAGAUUUGCCUGGUAUGUUGAUGCUUGAACAUUUUUUAUUUUUUUUUAUUUAAUUCAUUUGUUUCAUAAACUAAUUAACAUUUGAGAAAUGGAGACUUAGAUCCCAGAUUCAAAACAAUGCAAAUGGCACCUGAAUUAUUUGAUGACAUAAAUUGCAUUGGAGGGUUUGGAAGAUACUAAGACUUUGCUAAAAAAAACUAAAUCAUUUUUACAGACUUUUUUGUACCAUGAAUUUUUUUACAAUUUUUGUCUUCAAUGGAUGCUUUAACUUAUGUUCAGGAUUUUAUUAUUAAUGAAAAGUGUUUUAUUAACUGAUUGGCUUAAGUGAUCAUUGGUCCAGUUAGUUUUUAUAAGGUCAGGAAUCAGGAUGGGGUUUCUUUAUUCCUUAUUUUAGUACCGUUUUCCUCCAUUCUUUCUCUAUUUUCUUAUAAAUUUCUAUUCUUUAUAGUUUAACAUAAUUCUGUUCUCUAUAUUUUUUCCUAUUUUCUGUAUUUUUUAUUUUAUUACCCUCGAUACUGUUUUACUUAACCUCUAUUCUGUAAACCCCAUUCAGACCCUCUUGUAUACACCAUAACAAAACUAUAUUCUUAGAAAUACACCUGUGCAAAAUUUUCUAUCAGUAGUCCUUAUAUUAUUUGUACUGUGAUAUAUUUGAAUAUAUUUAAGUUUGAAAAUUUUGUUAUUAUAUUUUAAAAUAAAAUAUAUGAAAUUUC